AUGAUUGUGUACUGCUGUAGCAAUCCAAGUGGUGAGUUGUUGGAGAAAGAACUAAAGCACCAAAUAAGAGCAGAGCAAAAGGAAGCUGUGAAGAAAUUGAGCCAGUUUCUGGGUUUGGAUGAGAUCAUCACAUAUGACAUAUACAGAUUGUAUUUACAGCAUGAUUACAGAGGAUCUCAAAAGGAUCUACAGACCAUGUUGGGAGAAGACCGUCACAUGAGGGCAUUAGUGCUGAGAACCAGGGACUUCUACUUCAGUGAGCGACUCUACUUGCUCAGAUGUAUAAAGCAUAUCCUUAGUAAAUGGCAGCAUGAGGGAUACAGAUAUCAGGUUGGAAUUGGCAUAUUUGGCAAUCUUACUGUGACUUUAAAUUUGACCUUUGCUAUUUUCCCCAUUGAGUUGGACAGUCCAACCAAGCACAAGAAUUUCAGUCGUCAUCAUGUGUUGUCAGAAAGCAGAGUUACUCAGGAAUUUGAGACACAUGUAAAAACUUUAGGGGAGAGUGUGCACCAUGGACCUAUCUUAUUAGCAUGGUCAGUAAUAAGCCAUCUGUCAGUAGGAUAUGAAGGUGAAAGCCUUUCUAAGAGACUGGGAAACCAUGCACUUCAGCUGGAUGUCUUCAGAUAUCUGUCUGCAGCUCUAGGGAUGGAAGUGUUUGAUGAUAAAGCAUUGUCUGAGAUGAGCCAUUCCAUAGUGUAUGGACUGUUAACUAUUGUACUGAAGACCUUUGAGAAGGACACGCUGGGAGACACUGAGGCUAUUUUAGGUUUUAUUUUCACAUUUAUGUUCUUCAUUGGCAUCUUAAUUCUGGCUUUUGUCUUGUUUGAUGUUCUCCAAGAGGAUACAAAUGGAAAAAUGAAUGCUUUUACUCAAGCUGGUGAAACAUUGGUUAUUCCAGCCAAUACACAAGGGAUGUUGUUACAAACAGGUGAUGGUGCCCCUGUCAUCCAAUGGGAGACCAGUUACAGUGGCUGGCAGCUGAUGCUGUGUGAGGUACAGAGCUUAAAUCAGCAAAUAUCUCAUGGUGCAGGUCUUGUGUCAAAUGAGAGUCUGACCAGGGUACAGGAGAUUGCAGAGCUUGUCCAUGCAGUCAUUAGGUCAAACUCAAACCUUGCACAACAGUUGGCUCAUAUUGUGGAAUCUUUUUUUACCAUCAUACACAGGUUCAGUGCACUGCCAUCGCCUCCUAUUGAUUUAUUAGGGAGAUGUUUGGAUGUUGUGGCAAUAUUUGCCCAAGAACAACCAGGAGAGGUUUGGCAUCUGAUUCAGCAGACUGGACUUCUUCCAUUUUGGACGGAGAAUUAUACCCUGGUUGAAGAAGCUGUUAGUGGCAGUGGUCUCAAUUCUGGAAGUUAUGGUAUUGUUCUAGCUGGGAAUGAAUGUCCUCUAGGCAGAUACCCUGUCACUCUUAGUGUGCUACAACUGAUGGAAAACAUGAUUAUGCCAUUGAGUCAGCUGCAGAGAUUGCAAGAGCUAAGCCCAUGUUUGGUGUUCAUCCUUAGGGAGGUCUUCCCAGCCUACCGCAAGUGGAGAUAUAUCAGUUUUAAGCAAAGAGACUCCCUAGGUUACAAAUGUUUGGACAUCUUCCACAAGAUCCUCACUCUCACAGAUACUACUCAAAAUGCCAAGUCAGAGCCCAGUCUGCGCUCAGUUUGUGUCCAUGGCAUGUUAUUCAGUGAAGCUGGCCGAGCACUGCUGGAGAUUGUGGCUACUGGCACAGAUACACUGGAACAACUACUAGCACAGCAGAGCAGAAUUAAAUUUCAUAACAUCUUGAUCAAUUUCAGGUCAGAGCCCAGUCUGCGCUCAGUUUGUGUCCAUGGCAUGUUAUUCAGUGAAGCUGGCCGAGCACUGCUGGAGAUUGUGGCUACUGGCACAGAUACACUGGAACAACUACUAGCACAGCAGAGCAGUGGUGGUGAAGGUUGUGGUGUGGACCUCAUUUUCCUGGUGAGGAUAGCAUUCUCAGUUCUCAACCGACUGCUACUAUUACGACCCUUGGACCAACCUUUGUCGCCUGUAGAACAGGCAUUGUUUGCAGUGCCACUUCAUAGAUCAAAGCGACAUCUUGUAGCCAUUAUAGCCCAGUACAUACAUCACCGUCAUGACCCCAGGUUAUCUGCUCUGGCCACUAUGAUGCUGAAGAGGCUGGCAAUGGUAUCACCCAUGUCACUGCUGGCUUGUCUUGGGCAAGAUGCUGAAGCAAUCAGGGAUGCCUAUUUGACAAGGUUGCAAGGGCAGACAGAGGAUCCUUGGUUAAAAGUGGUCAUACUGGAGCUGUUAGCUGUCAGCGUUGAAACACAGCCUGGGUUAAUUGAGAUGUUCCUGAAAAUGAGGUCAACAAACCAAGAAGACACAUCUGGAAAUGGAGAGCUUGCUACUGAAGCAAAUAGCCUUAGCUGUCUUAAAGUAGUGUUAGAGUUGAUCCAAGAAAGCAAACAGGUAUCACCCAUGUCACUGCUGGCUUGUCUUGGGCAAGACGCUGAAGCAAUCAGGGAUGCCUAUUUGACCAGGUUGCAAGGGCAGACAGAGGAUCCUUGGUUAAAAGUGGUCAUACUGGAGCUGUUAGCUGUCAGCGUUGAAACACAGCCUGGGUUAAUUGAGAUGUUCCUGAAAAUGAGGUCAACAAACCAAGAAGACACAUCUGGAAAUGGAGAGCUUGCUACUGAAGCAAAUAGCCUUAGCUGUCUUAAAGUAGUGUUAGAGUUGAUCCAAGAAAGCAAACAGGGCACAUAUCAUUGCCUUCCUAGUUUACUACGGGCUGCUACUGACUUCAUCUAUGCACUGUGGAAGGGCCAGAGGGACAUGGCAAUGCAGGCACUCAGAAAAAGUCCUUUGUUCUGGGGCAGUCUUUGUGCACCAGUUUUGAGAGAUAUUCCAGUACAGCAGGAGGAGUCGUCCUGGUCAGAUGAGAUGAAGACGGUAGCAAAUGUGCUGAGGGUCAUUGCCAUGGAACUAUAUACUGUGCAUAACACAAAAAUAGAAAAGGAUCUCCAAAUCCAGCUGGAUGUUUUUUCAAAGAAUAAGAGACUCCUUCGCUGGUCUGAGUAUAUAAGAAGACUACUUAGAAAGCCCUGCAGGCAUAGCCUAGAAGAUAUGUCAGAUGACCCCAUCAUACAGCUGCUGACUGCAUGGAACAUGGUGCUGGGGGUGGCAGGCAGUUAUAAGAGAGAAGUUUUGGGUUUAACAGUUGAAGCAAAGUCUACCAUACUCAGUGAUCUACUGACAGAACUACAGGCACAGCUUGCAGAUGUUACAGACACCCACCAGGUGAAGGUGUGUUCAAUUUUGUCUGCCACUUCCAUGACUCUGCUCCACACUUGGGCUGGUAUCUUAAAGCCAUGGACAGAUAGAGUAUAUCAACUUGAGGUUGCUCUGAGGCUUUCUUGUGCCAGUAGUGAGGUCUUACUGCCAUCUAUACAGCUAGGUCUGCUUGGAGCCCUGACUCUGGCCACACAGCAAAUAAAAUUAACAGCAAAGCAAGAUGUGUUGAGCCUGAAGAGUCUGUGUCCAGUUGUGUGCACACUGCUACAGAAAGUGACCUACCAACUUCCACCUGCAAGGAAAGCAAAUGUUUGCAGUAAAGAUGUGGAGUUGCUCCUCAAGAUUCUGACAGUAUGUGUCACCUUGUUGGAUGAGCUUAUUCAGAGCAUUGAGGACCCGGCAAUAUGGCUGCCAUCCAUUCAAGAGCACACCGUGCUUCCAGUCUUACUUUCUUCUGUACAAACAUAUAUUCAGAGCUCUAUCUGCUUUGUGUCCCAUUCCUGUAUAUCUUUACUGAUCAGACCACAGUUGUUGAAGUAUUUACUGGAGAAAAAGCAUGGUUCAGAGCCUCCCCAAAAAGUCCUGGCAAGUCAGAGCAUGGCUCAGCACCUUCCCUUACAACAUCAGACAUCUACAGAUGAAGUAGAACAGCCAUCAGAACAGUUGGUGCAGGUGCAGGAGAGCCUUUUGAAGUUGGUUGGUCUCAGCUUGACAUUUUUGCGUCACUUUACUCCAGAUCUUUGCGAGGCUAUGCUGGACCAGAGCUUGGAUGUGAAUGACAGCUCUCCAUUGCUAGACCUGGGAUUUAACACACCAUCCACAGAGAAAGAGGGACCUGUCAACUUCGGGACAUACCUUGCUUGUAUUAAUUCCUGUGUACGGAUGCUCAGCAGGAGUGAGAUGAGAGCUGCUUCCCCAAACCGUACUCCAUUUCCAGCAGUCUCAGUGUCAAGACACAUUUUAUUAUUUGUCCUGGAAAACACACUUUAUUUCUUGCUGUCUCAAACCAUGCGCUACCUGAGAGACCCAAAGCUCCAUCAACGUGAGAAGCAGUAUCUGAAAAGGGAGCUUGCAGCAGAACUGAAUUCUUUUCUGCAGGGACUUCAGCGUUACCUCCGCAGAGGGGCACCUCAGUCACCAGGAGGCAGCACUAUGGCUAGUCCACAGGUCGGCAAGACAAGCUCUUAUGCUGCAAUUGUUAUGACUCAAGAGUUCCCAUUUUACAAACUGGUUUCAGAUUUUAUAAAGCAUAUAUUAAGAUAGAAAUCUCUUCAGACUUCUGAAGGUGACAAUGAAGUCACUUUAAUUUGAUGAGACAGUAAUGAACUGGGAUGAAGGCGAUUCAUGUAAAUCACAAGAUGUUUAUAUACCAGAAGUGAAAUAUUGUACCUUUUAAACAUGAUAUCAGCCAGAUAUGGAGCUCAGCUGGAAAUUACUUUUAGAAUAUGUUAAAAUGUUUCCAAUUGUCACAAUUAAGAAAGUCAUUCAUUAUAUCAAAGACAAUUGGUUGUAGAAACAGCAAGCAGAGAUACAAGGAUUGGACAUUCCCUAGCAAACAUUACUUUAAUUCUGAAUGUAUGUACAGUCACUGUUUAUGUCAUUAUCAAUUAUGCAUUUCUUUACUUAUAGCUAAACCAUUCUCCCCAGAGUUUAAUAUCUGAAUUUAAUUUUCAUAUUUCGAAGUUGAAUAAAUAUAGUCUGAUAGUUCUGGAAGUAAUCCAACUGAUUACUCUACCAGUAUAUAUGUAAUGCAGUGUUAAUAUCAAAUUUCAGAGCUUUUCAAAUGAAAAAAAAAGUGAGAAGGAAAUAAAAAAAUCUUGAUUAAAAA